AUGGCAGGGCGAGGCAGAAGUGCUGGACGCGGCGGCAGUGCCGGGUGGCGACGCGAGUCCCACUCGGGCAAGAAAAACCUGACGGAGGCUGAGCUGCUGGAAGGUCUGUCGCUUAACGCCGAAAUUUCGGGAGAGGCUUUGGUUGAGCCAGCCGAGGCGAAGGCGGGUGUGAUCCGCGCGGCUACCAUGAAGCCGGGCGCCUCGGUGCUGGAACGAGUGUAUGCUGUUCAUAGCGCGUUGGAAUACUACCUGGCGGAGAACACGAAUGUGGCGCGGCUGUACCGCGACGCCGACGACGAAUGA